UGGUUGCUAAUGGCAACAGUGUCUUUUAUUUUUCUUCUGCUUCUGACUUUGUUUUCAAAUGUUAAAAAAACUGUUAUAAAAGAAUAGUUUUGAUAUAUAUUUUAUAAAUUUAAAUUUUUUUAUUAUUCAGAAUUGAUUUUAGUUGCAGCAGUUAUUCCUUGCAACGCAAUUUAAAAUGAGAGCCUUUAAUUCUAAGAUUUGAUGAGCAACUUUAUGUUUAUAUGGUUUAUUUCUAGAAACCUAGUCACUGUAGAUGUGCCUAGAUAUGCUUUUUCUUUUUAAUUUCGUAAUUUUAGUUCAUAAUUUUGUAAAAUGCAGCGAAAUAGCUCCCGCAUUUUAUGGCUUGGAGCGCCCUGUUCUCGAAUAUGAAUUACCACCAUUAUUGUAUACCUUUGACGAAUUGGAGCCUUAUAUUGACGAAACAACAGUUAAAAUGCACUAUUUUGAAUACCAUGGAGCUUAUAUUCAAGAAGUAAAUUCUAUUUUAAGAAGAUGGAGACGAAAUAACGUUAAAGGAAAACAUGCCUCAAGGCUUUCAAUCAUUGAGAUUUUGAGAAACAUGUCACAUGUACCUUUACAAUUCAGGGCUGAUCUGAAAACUUAUGCAAGUGGGCUUUUGAAUCAUAAUUUAUAUUGGGCUACCAUAUCACCGAAUCCUCAUGGAGAAAACAGAGUUCCUACUGGAAACAUAGCUCAUGAAAUUGAUACUAAAUUUGGAUCUUUUCUAGGAUUUAAAGGAAUAUUUACUGAUAUUGCUAUCAAUCAUUUUGGUUCAGGUUUUGUUUGGCUUUGCAAAAGUAAUAGCUCAGAUGAUUUAGUUAUUAUUAAUACCCAAAACGAAGAUUCACCAUUAAGUGCUGGCUUCUUACCGAUUCUAGGAAUAGAUAUUUGGGAACAUGCUUAUGUUCUGAAAUUGCACAACCAGAAACUAAAGUAUAUUGAAAACUGGUGGUUUUUAGUGGAUUGGCAUCAGGUAAAUAACCUUUCUGCCUGGUGGUCAGGAUUGAAACUACAUGAUGAAUUGUGAUACACAAACAUUCUCUUAAAUUUUUUUAUGUGCAAUAAAACCUGUGAAAGUUGACCAGUAGCCGUGAAUUAGAAGGAAUAGGAGAAAUAAUAUAGGAAUCUUAUAGGAGGAAUGAGUCAUUGUUUUUUACAUAUCAUGUUAUUCUUUUAUGUUAUUCAUAUUGUAUGCCAUUUACAUUAUUUUUGAAUGUUAUCAAUUAAAAUAAAAAAAUAGAUGUAAAUACAA